GUACCAGUAAUCCCUCUUCGCCCAACUGUCCUAUUAUCUCUACUGCAUCAACUCCUUCAACAUAUACUGUAUUUAACAACGACACAAGAAUAACAACAACAACAGCAACACCAAUAGUGUCUUCCGGUAGCUGUUGUGCAGUUCAGAACUGUACACAAAACUCCGAUUGUUGUGGAUCUAGUUCAAUGGAAUGCCAAUGCUUUCGACAUAACACAGCUGAUGUUUAUGGUUCAUGUAUCAAUCCUUUUCUUACUCCAAUGUGUGGCACAAGUUGUCCAGUACAAGGUAAAUGUAAAACUGAUUCAGAUUGUUGCAAAUGUCAAUGUGUCGACAUAAGUUUUACUGAUGUGAGUGAACAACUAAUUACAAAGAAACAAUGUGUACGACGUUAA